UAAGGAAAUAGUUUGGAUUCAAGCAGAAAACCAAAAAGGCUGCACUUCCUCCCACUGAGCCAUUUUAUACUUAGAGACAUGCUUUCAGAAUGCAGCUGGUUUUUGAAGGGCGUACUGCUCGGAAGUAUCAUCUUUGCCUUCAUCACAGUGCUUGGACACUUUAGGAUAGGUCACAGGAACGGGGUAAACCACCACAAGCAUCACCACCUGCAAGCCCCUCACAAAGAUGUCUUGAAAAUGUCCGAGGCUGAACGCCUGGAACUCAGUAACAGCUUACGAGUGUACUGUAUCAUUCUUGUAACACCCAGCCAUGUGAGUCUGUGGGCUGCAGUUAAGGAGACUUGGAUCAAACACUGUGACAAAGCCGAGUUCUUCAGUACUGAACAUGUUUCAGGACUUGAGUCAAUUACUGUGAAUGAGAAUAGCACCUCAUUGAUGAUGAUAAAAGCUUGCACGUAUGCCUUUGAGAAAUACAAAGACCAAUAUAGCUGGUUCUUUCUCACAUAUCCCACUACAUUUGCUGUUAUUGAAAACUUAAAGUAUUUUUUGUUAAGAAAAGAUCCAUCACAACCUUUCUAUCUGGGUCACACUGAACACAUUGGAACUCUUGACUAUGUGACUAUGGAGGGAGGGGUUGUCUUAAGUUUAGAAUCAGUGGAAAGACUCAUCGGCUGUUUCAAGAUCACGCAAAGGUGUCUCUAUAAGGAAACACCGAUUCUGAAGUUUUCUGAAGAUCAGCAGCUUGCAAUCUUCCUGAAAGUGGUGGGAGUGUUUGCAGAAAAUGCUGAAGAUGUGGAAGGAAAAAAUUUAUUUAAUAAAAAUACUAUUGGGAUGCUUAUCAAAGAGGCAAUGGCAGAUUACCCAAAUGAGAUCGUACAAGGAUGCUGUUCUGAUAUGGCCAUUUCUUUCAGUGGACUGACUCCUAAUCAGAUGCAUGUGAUGAUGUACGGGGUAUACCGUCUUAGGGCAUUUGGACAUGGAUUCAGUGAUGCAUUGUACUUUUUACCUCCAAAUGGUUCUGACAAUGAUUGA